UGCGCUCCCGUCGUCGUUCUUCUUCCCGGAGCCCCGGCCGGCUGCCUUUUUUCCUUUCCCCGCCUCAGGCGGAGCGCUUUCUCGGGCGUCAAGGUAGGAUUCCCUCCCCCUCCGUCCGUAGCGUAAAAUGGCGCCGGGCCGGAGAAACUGGCUGGGCCGCUGAAGGGAGGGGGUUGACCGUGGAAAAGUAGGCCGGCUUGGUGGGGGCCCCAUCGGGGCAGGGCCCAGCGAUGCGGCAGCGACUCUGCCGGCUUAUUACUCUGCGGGCCUCCUCCUCCUCCCUGCGGCCGCUUCCUUCAGCGCGCCGGCUUUUCCUGAGGCAACAGCAGCAGCAGCGUCUCUUCGUUUGCGGGCUUUCGCAAGAAAUAUACUACAAAAUGAAUGAUCUUGCUAUCAAAAGAAUAACAAAUGAAAUUAUCAAAUCACCUGAAGAUAAACGAGAAUAUCGUGGAUUAGAACUGGCAAAUGGCAUCAAAGCAGUGCUUAUCAGUGAUCCCACUACUGACAAAUCUUCAGCUACACUUGAUGUGCACAUAGGAUCGUUAUCUGAUCCCAUUAAUAUUCCUGGAUUAAGCCAUUUUUGUGAACAUAUGUUAUUUUUGGGAACUAAAAAAUUCCCAAAAGAAAAUGAGUACAGCCAAUUUCUGAGUGAACAUGGAGGGAGUUCAAAUGCUUUUACCAGUGGAGAACACACCAACUAUUAUUUUGAUGUUUCACAUGAACACUUAGAAGGUGCUCUUGAUAGGUUUGCCCAAUUUUUCUUGUGCCCUCUCUUUGAUGAAAGCUGCAAAGAUAGAGAAGUAAAUGCUGUUGAUUCUGAGCAUGAGAAGAAUUUAAUGAAUGAUUCAUGGAGACUAUUUCAGCUCGAAAAGGCUACUGGAAAUCCUAAUCAUCCAUUUAGCAAAUUUGGCACAGGGAACAAGUACACUUUGGAGACUAGGCCAAACCAAGAAGGAAUAGAUGUAAGGCAAGAGCUUUUGAAGUUUCACUCCACUUACUAUUCAUCAAAUUUAAUGGCUGUUUGUGUUUUAGGACGGGAAACUUUAGAUGAGCUAACCAAACUGGUGGUAAAGUUAUUUUCUGAAGUGAAGAAUAAAAAUGUUCCAAUACCGGAAUUCCCUGAGCAUCCCUUCCAGGAAGAACAUCUCCGACAACUUUACAAGGUGGUACCUAUUAAAGAUUUUAGAAAUCUUUAUGUCACAUUUCCAAUACCAGAUCUUCAGAAGUACUACAAAUCAAACCCUGGCCACUAUCUUGGUCACCUUAUUGGGCAUGAAGGUCCAGGAAGUCUUUUAUCGGAACUGAAAGCUAAAGGCUGGGUAAGCACACUGGUUGGCGGACAAAAAGAAGGUGCUCGAGGCUUCAUGUUUUUUAUCAUUAAUGUUGAUCUUACUGAAGAAGGACUGUUACAUGUGGAAGAUAUUAUUUUACAUAUGUUUCAAUAUAUUCAAAAGUUACGUACAGAAGGACCUCAAGAAUGGGUUUUUCAAGAAUGUAAAGAUCUAAAUGCUGUAGCAUUCAGAUUUAAAGAUAAAGAAAGACCCCGAGGUUAUACAUCUAAACUUGCAGGGAUGCUUCAUUACUAUCCCAUUGAAGAAGUUCUUGCUGCUGAAUAUUUACUUGAAGAAUUUAGGCCAGAUUUAAUAGAAAUGGUAUUGGACAAACUGAAACCUGAAAAUGUCCGGGUUGCAAUUGUCUCUAAGACAUUUGAAGGAAAAACUGAUAAAAAAGAACGGUGGUAUGGAACCCAGUACAAGCAAGAAAAGAUUUCUGAUGAAGUCAUUAAGAAAUGGCAAAAUGCUGACCUUAAUGGAAUUCAAACUUCAAUGAAAAAUGAAUUUAUUCCUACUAACUUUGAAAUUGUAUCUUUGGAGAAGGAAGCACCACAGUACCCAACUCUAAUAAGGAUACUGCUAUGUGCAAAACUGUGGUUCAAGCAGGAUGACAUUUUCCUUCCUAAAGCGUGUCUCAACUUCGAAUUUUCAAGCCCAUUUGCUUACGUGGAUCCCUUACAUUGUAACAUGGCCUAUUUGUACCUUGAACUACUCAAAGACUCCCUCAACGAGUAUGCAUAUGCAGCAGAACUAGCUGACUUGAACUAUGGCCCAAAUACCAUCUAUGGGAUGUAUCUUUCUGUAAAAGGUUAUAAUGACAAGCAACAUAUUCUACUGAAGAAGAUCAUUGAGAAAAUGGCUACCUUCGAGGUCGAUGAAAAGCGGUUUGAAAUUAUCAAGGAGGCGUAUAUGCGAUCGCUUAACAACUUUCGAGCUGAACAGCCACAUGAGCACGCAAUGUAUUACCUUCGGCUCUUAAUGACAGAAGUUGCAUGGACCAAAAAUGAAUUAAAAGAAGCUUUAGAUGAUGUCACUCUUCCUCGCCUCAAGGCCUUUAUUUCACAACUGUUGUCACGGUUACAUAUUGAAGCACUUCUCCAUGGCAAUAUAACAAAACAGGCUGCAUUAGGAGUUAUGCAAAUGGUUGAAGACACUCUGAUUGAGCAUGCUCAUACAAAACCUCUGCUUCCCAGCCAGCUAGUAAGAUAUAGGGAAGUACAGCUGCCUGAUAGAGGAUGGUUCGUCUAUCAACAGAGGAAUGAAGUUCAUAAUAAUUGUGGAAUAGAAAUAUAUUAUCAAACGGAUAUGCAAAGCACUUCGGAGAAUAUGUUUUUGGAGCUCUUCUGUCAAAUUGUCUCAGAGCCUUGCUUUAAUACUCUGCGCACUAAGGAACAAUUAGGUUACAUUGUGUUCAGUGGUCCCCGGAGGGCUAAUGGUGUCCAAGGUCUGCGGUUCAUCAUCCAAUCAGAAAAGCCGCCACACUACUUAGAAAGCAGGGUGGAAGCCUUUUUAAAAACCAUGGAGAAAUCCAUAGAAGAUAUGUCUGAAGAAGCUUUCCAAAACAUCCAGGCUUUAGCCAUUCGCCGCCUUGACAAACCAAAGAAACUAUCUGCCGAGUGUGCAAAGUAUUGGGAUGAAAUCAUUUCCCAGCAAUAUAACUUUGAUAGAGAUAACAUUGAAGUGGCAUAUCUCAAAACCCUUACUAAGGAUAAUAUAGUGCAGUUUUAUAAGGAAUUGUUGGCAGUAGAUGCCCAAAGAAGGCACAAAAUAUCGGUCCAUGUACUAGCAAGGGAAAUGAAUUCCUGUCCUGUUGUAGGAGAAUUUCCAAGCCAAAAUGACAUAAGUCUAACACCAGCACCACCACUGCCACAGCCGAUUGUGAUUGAAAACAUGACUGAGUUCAAACGCAGCCUACCACUUUUCCCUCUGGUGAAACCUCAUAUCAAUUUCAUGGCCGCAAAACUGUGAAGAACCUUGCUGGAUGAAGAACUGGAAGAGGAUUAAUGCGCCUUCAGUGGCUUUUCAUAAUGGACAAAGACCUUGUCCUUGAGGACGAGUGUCCCAGGAUUCCUGAUUCCUUCUAGGUUCAUCCAGCAUCAAUGCUGCAAUAGGGAUACAGCAAGUUUAAGCAAGUAUGCUCUAGUCGUGUGUUAUAUGUUUGUCAUAGAGCCACUACCAGAAACUAAAAUUAAGUGGUAUAUAUGAAGAUCUGUGUAGGUAAAUGGUAUAUUUUACAAUAAUGUGGCCCUUUAAAAGUUUAGUUUGCAUGGAUUGUGAAGAAGUUUCCAUACCAGUCUGAUCUUCCACUUGCAAAUCAUUACUUUUUUAAACAAAGAUCAACUGUUUUGGAAGCAUAUUUUACUGUACA